CCUUCUGUCACCAUAGAAGGAACAUAGCCGAAGAAAAAGAACCAAGUCUCAAAACACAGAAGUGAAAGCUCAAAAACUACAAGUUACACAAACUCGCACAAUGGAUAUUGAAUAUUGGAUGACCUUACUUCCAUCAACCUUGGAUAUUGGAACCUUGAAAGAAGCAGGUGCUUCGAGCAUUUUGCACGAUCACAGAAUGCCUUUGGAACGCUUGGAAGAAGAGGGUCUUGAGAAAAUUCCUAACCUCAGAUUGGCACAGUGGGUUUUCCGUGCUGGGUUGGAUAAGACACCUGCAUCUCUUCGCAAACAGCUCCUUGAGAAAAUCACCAAAUGUAUCCAAGAUGAGAAUAUGGCUGCAUAUUAUGAGGUUGUCUGUAAAGAACUUGAUCUUUCAGUUGACCAGCAAAUCUUAAAAUCCAUGCAGUCAGUGAACGAAGAGAAAAUCAAGGAGUUGGAUGCGAAAAUUAAGGAUGCCGAAGAAAAUUUAGGUGAUACAGAAGUCAGAACUGCAAUGAUGGAAAAAGCACAUUAUCUCAGUAAAAUUGGUGAUAAAGAAGGUGCUCUAUCCCAGUUCCGGCUCAUUUUGGAUAAAAGUCUGAUGCCAGGUUUCCGACUAGACACAAUUUUUCAUAUCAUACGAAUCGGCUUCUUUUUUGGUGACAGAGACCUAAUAACUAAGAAUAUCGAAAAGGCAAACAGUCUGAUUGAAGAAGGCGGAGACUGGGAUCGACGAAACCGACUGAAAGUGUAUCGUGGUUUGUACAGUAUGUCAGUUCGAGAUUUCAGCGCUGCCGCUAAAAAUUUCCUCGAUGCAGUUGCUACAUUCACAAGCUAUGAACUAAUGGACUAUAAAACGUUUAUCAAAUAUACGGUUAUGGCUGCUAUGAUUGCCCUUAAACGUCCGGAUCUUCGGGAAAAAGUUGUUCGUGGAUCAGAAAUUCAAGAAGUUCUACAUGGAUUACCAAAUGUACGAGAAUAUCUCAUGUCCUUAUUCGACUGCCGUUAUGCUGACUUCUUCCGAUCUCUUGCUGGAGUUGAACAAUUCAUGAGUUGUGAUCGAUACUUACAUUUGCAUACAAGUUAUUAUGUUCGUGAAAUGCGUAUUCAUGCAUUAAGCCAACAUUUAGACUCUUACAGCAGUCUGAGCUUAGAAAGUAUGGCUGCAUCAUUUGGUGUAACUCCAGCAUUUUUGGAUUCUGAAUUGUCUCGUUUUAUAGCAAAUGGUCGAUUAGCCUGUAAAAUGGAUAAAGUUUCUGGUAUUAUUGAGACAACACGUCCGGAUAAUGUAAAUUUCCAAUAUCAGUCAAUGAUCAAGCAAGGUGAUAUUCUAUUGAAUCGGAUACAAAAGCUCAGUCAAGUUAUAAAUAUAUAAAAUGCCUAUUCGUCUGUUGUGUUAUGAGCAAAACAUGAAUAAUAACUGUGCUGUCAUGCAAAAAUACUUUUUAGCAGUUUGUUAUUCUUUUAAAGUGUGAUUUGUUUCAGCUUUAUGUCAAGUUUUUUGGUAAUUGAAGAUGUUGUAAUUUACUUGAUGACUAGCAGUAAGAUCGAAGAUUCGCGUUUCAUCCCAUUUUUAGGGAUUCGUCAGUCAGAGAAAUCGAGCAGUACGAUCCAGUUCGACAACCCGGAUUUAGAAGGAUCAAUUAGUAAUUAAAAGUAUUCAUAGUCGUUUCCAUAGUCGUUUUUACAUUACCUAUAUUAUCGAUGAGUUUUACCGUUAUUAGUUUGUUCAGAAUGGAUGUUUUGUCUCAUUUUAGUAUCUCUUCAGGCGGCUAUGCAUGAACUAUCUUUCUCUGAAUAAAAACUUGUAUCUUAGUUUCAUUGGUAAGCGGGUUCAGUCGCAUACUUGAUUGUGAUAUACAAAUGUUACCUAAACCUGGUGGUCAUAGUUUUACAGUACUAUCUCUGAAAGCAAACAUUGAGGAUCUUAAGAAAUCCAUGCUGUUAUCUUUUC